UUAAGUAGUUUCAUUUCUCAUAUGGGCUAGAGUUUGUCAGUUAGGUUGUAGUUCCAGUUGCAAAUGGAUCCAAUGAGAUUGAAGUAAUCACAAUCAUAGACAUUCUAAGGAGUGCAAAGGUGGAUGCUGUGAUUGCUUCAUUUGAAAAAUCAAUGAAGAUUUCAGGGUCUCAAGGCAUAAAGAUUGUUUCAGACAAGUUAAUCAGUGAUACAGCCAAGUCAACACAUGAUCUAAUCAUUCUACCGGUAAUAGCAGGAUGCCAUUUUAAUAAUAAAGGGGCAUUGAAUACAUUGUUUUUUUAUUAAAAAAAAAAAGGAUUUGGAAACCUCCAAUAAUAUUUUAGUUCUUGAGCAGUGCUGAUAUUAUUUCCCUUGCUGGAGAGUGGAAUACUAGAGUCUACAUCUCCACACAGCCUAAAUCAAAAUGAAAACUUAGAAUCCAUAAUAUCUUCAUCCACAUGAGUUUGUUUGGCAAGAGCCUUAUUGAAGUCUACUAUAUUAUGGCCAGUCUGGUGCAUGUCCACAUAGGUUAAUAUAUACUGUUUGUAGCAGAAAUUCUAAGGCCAAGAUAUAGCUCAAAGAAUCUCUAUGCUGUUUGAUCUUACUCCUUUGAAUGUUUUGUUUCAUUAUGGACUUUCAGGGGGGAGAUGGUGGGCAGAACAGUUACAGAAAUCUAGGAUUCUGAAGAAGCUGCUCAAAGAACAGGAUAAAGCUGGAAGAAUAUGUGGAGCAGUUUGCUCUUCUCCAGCAAUCCUUCAUAAGUAUGGUUUACCAAAGGAAAAGAGAGCUACUGCACAUCCAUCUGCCAUAAGCAUGCUCACCAAUGCAGUUGAUGGUGCAAACUUAGUUAUUGAUGGUAAAAUAAUCACAGGAAAAGGGCUUGGUACUGUAUUAGAUUUUGCAUUGGCUAUUGUGAGCAAACUAUUUGAUGAUGCAAGAGCGAGAAGUGUUGCAGAAGGUCUUAUUUUUGAGUUUUCCAGGAGGUAGUGAAAUCUAAAUUUUAGGCAUGCAACUUGGACGGUAAUUUUUAAGAUGCCAUAGGCUGUAAAGAUGGUUAUGUUUCCCAGUUUGCACAUGGAGGAAGAAAACCUGUGACCAAUUGACCAUAUUCAUCAAUGUCAAAUGCAAGAGGUGACUAUCCUUUGUUUAACGAUUUUCUUCUAGAUGCCGAUAUACAAUAAAAAGAGAGACAUCACAGUUUCAUUUUUAGCAAGGUCUACAGAAAAUGUCAAUUCAAAUAUGUCAACGCCAUAUUUUUACAGUGAGCUGAAAUAGUACAUUGGACUUAGCUGCAGAUAUCUUUAUAUGGCAACAUCCCUCCCUUCAACUUGGGUGAUACUGCCAGUAGUGGGACCAGCAACACAAUUUUUACCUGUAUAUUAUAGCACUUUCCUACAAUCCUACACAAAGGAUUAACUCUGAGCUCCGAAUGAAACAAACUCUUUUCUUUUUCUUCGACCUUAGGAAAUCAAGUUUUUGAAGCCUCCAAGCUGUUAGGUUUGGGGAAUGGACCAUCAGGCUAUGCUGGUCGGUCCCUAAUGAAACGAACUAUUGGUU